UCAUGGCUCGAGACAUGCUAUAGUGGCGGACAGUUGUAAAAAUAUAACGGCCACUUUGAAAUUACGCGAAACAUCCAGGGUAAUUCAUAAUUCCUCCAAAAAUAUCCCAAAAUUGCAUUUUAACGGAUUAAUUACUACUUAACCCGUCAAAAAAAAAAAAAACAAAGAAAAGGUCUCCCACUAAACCAGAAAAAAAAAAAAGAAGAAGAGAAAAACGCACAAAAGAUCUUCGAGAAGUCGUAAACAAUUUAUAGGCAAAACAGUGGCAUUUUAUUAUUUUGAAAUGAAUUGCAGGGAAGUGUGAAUUCUUUAUGCCUUGAAUCGAGCAUAUAUAUAUAUAUAUAUAUAUAUAUAGAGAGAGAGAGAGAGAGAGAGAGAGAGAGAGAGAGAGGCGUUGCUAGGAUUUUAGAAGAGGAUAAAACCGAGAGAACGAGAAAAGAGAGUAAAGAAGUUUUGUAUGUGAUUAUACAGAGAGAGAGAGAGAGAGAGAGAGAGAGGAGGAUUAGGAGUUUGAAGUUAGGGUUUUGUAAGUGAUACAAAGAAAUGGCGGAUGUGAUAUUGCAUAUAUACGAUGUAACGAAUAGUGGAUCAGAGAAGACAAACAGUACUAUUAUGCAGAUCAAUAAGAUCUUUAAGGACGGUAUUGGCCUUGGUGGCAUCUUCCAUAGCGCCGUUCAGGUUUAUGGUGAAGAUGAAUGGUCUUUUGGAUUUUGUGAACAAGGAACUGGAGUUUUUAGUUGUCCUUCUGGAAAGAACCCAAUGUACACAUAUCGUGAGAGCAUUGUACUAGGAAAAACAAACUUUUCUAUCUUUAAAGUGAAUCAGAUAUUGCGGGAGCUGAGUAGAGAAUGGCCUGGAAGUGCAUAUGACUUGCUAUCCAAGAACUGCAAUCACUUUUGUGAUGAGUUCUGCGAAAGGCUUGGUGUGCCAAAACUUCCAGGUUGGGUUAAUCGUUUUGCCAAUGCUGGUGAUGCAGCCUUGGAAGUAGCAGGAAAUACAGCUGUACGGUUCAGACAAGCCAAGGCAGAGAUUGUAUCAGCUAGCAAAGUGGCAUAUCGCUUCCUUGUAGGUGUUGCAUCCAAUAAUGGGUCUGCUCCUGAUUCCCCUGCCAAUUCAAACAGAGGAAGCCCUAGACUUCAAGGAACAUGGUUCAAGAACCUUAUCACUUCAGGUGCUAAACCAUCUACUAGCACAGAGAAUGACAAUCAGGAUGAAGGUGCAUGUCUUCGGCAGCAAUGUGACCAAAUGUCAGAUUUACCAUCACGGCAGAAUUCACAGAAAAGGGAAUCAGAUCUACCAAUGCGGCAGAAUUCGCGACUGUGGGAGUCAGAUUUACGUGGACAACAGUAUUCACAACAGCGGGAGUCAGAACUACCAGCACAUCAGAAUUCACGGCAUGAUGUAUGAAACAGCUUCUUAUGAAAGUAUAUUUGCUAGUUGUACCAAUUCAAACAUGCAAUGACAAUCUUAUCAUUCAUUGUGAA